AUGCUUGCGCUUGGCCAGCAGCACAGCCUAGCUUGUGCGGAUGGAGAUCUCGUGGUGGCAUGGGGAGACAACCAUCGCGGGCAAUUUGGAGAUGGCACGAGAACAUCUCGGCUAACUCCUGACAAGGUUUUUGAUGCGGACUUCGUGGAGCUAGUGGCGGGAAUGCAGCACAGCAUGGGUCUCACCCAAACUGGGCGGCUUCUUUGCUGGGGAGGCAAUGAAUUCGGGCAAGUUGGUGAUGGGACGAUCCAGCCACGUCUGGAGCCCGUGGAGAUUCCGCUGCCCGGUGUCAAGCACAUCUCUGCAGGUUGGUUCCACAGUUUGGCUGUGACCAGCAUGGGUGAGGUCUGGGCUUGGGGCCAAAACAAGCAAGGCCAGCUUGGAGACGGCUCACGGGAGACGAAGCAAGCGCCGGUGCGGGUGUUGGCCUCCGGUGUGCGACAGGCUGCCGCUGGUUGGUUGCACAGUUGUGCCGUGAUGGAGUCUGGUCAGGUGCUGGUCUGGGGAACUCUCGACGGGAUCGUCUACUCGGACAUGACAGAGGUGGCUGAUGCCAGUAGUGGAGCCGUGGCUGCAGACUGCGGCUAUGCUCAUGUAGCGUUCCGCACCGCCAAUGGACAGGUCUUCGCCCUGGGUGCCAACGACCGUGGCCAGCUUGGGGACGGCGCUGCUCAGGCCUCUCCGCUCCCGGUGCUUGUGGAGACAGCCGCGGUCACGGGCUCGCCUGUAACUGCAAUAGCCUGUGGCUAUGCCCAUACCGUGGCGCUCACUGAAGCAGGUGAGGUGAUGACGUGGGGAGCCAAUGAUGUGGGCCAGCUAGGAGACGCAAGUGCAGAAGACCGCAGAAUUCCUCAACGAGUCUUCCAACAGAACGAUUGCGUUGGGGUCGCCGCUGGCUGGCAUCACACUGCCUGCUGGGACUGUGAGCGAGGUGAGGUCUGGGUCUGGGGCAGCAACCUCUGCGGACAGGUGGGUGACGGCACCAAGGAGUGUGCUCUGGCGCCACACCGUGUUCUUCGCCAGUAUCCGCUGGUGAUGCAUCCCUCGCGUCUGGCCGUGAGCUUCUUGCAGUUGAUGGAGUUCCAGGAAAAGGUGCAAGAGGAGUCCAGGAUCACUUAUCCCGUAAUGACCGUGCGAGAGGUUGUCCACCAGGUUGUUUGCCCAGCGACAGCUUCCCAGCCCAAUCUGGGAUAUGCGCGGCUGUUGAACUCCGAGCGACCUCUGUUGGGCGAGGCUUUCAUCUCUCAUAGCUGGGACGGUCCCUUCGUAGCCUUUGCAGAGGCCGUGGUGGAGGUCUUCUCCUCUUGGAAGAAGCCUCCCAACUUGUGGAUCUCCUUUCUGGCUCUCUCCGUGCACACCGUCGUGCCCGUGCGCCUCCGUGCGGCGCCGCAGGAGGCGCCCUGGGCCCUGGCCCUGCAGCGGGCGAAGACGGUGCUUCUGGUCAGGAACCGCAGGUGCGACGUCUACAAGCGGUUGUGGUGUGUCUUCGAGCUGUACAUAGCCUCCGGCUUGGGCUUCCUGAGCCGCCCGGGAGGGCUCCUGGUGCACGGGGCGAACCACCCUGCCACGGAGCGCACGGUGCGAAUCUCCGGCUGUGAGACUACACUACCAGAAGACAAGGAGUGGCUGCUGUCUUACUUCGAUCUUCAGCCGGGCUCCAUAGAGGAGCACCACCUGUGUCAACAACCACCGGAAGAGUCCUUCGAAAAAACGCUUGGCGACGAGCGAUCACCGAUAGCGUUCACGCCGAAGAGGCAAGCAGAGGCCAAAGCCGCCCGGCCAGCCAUGCCAAUCACAGCUGCCGAGCUCACGUCCAAGGCUGCCAUGCUGAACAGUGUGGAGGCGCAAGAUCGAAGAGCUGGACCUGACACACGUUUGCUGCAGGCCAUUGGCCAUCUUUGUCUUCACUUGGAGUGCGAUGCUGCCAAAGUCGCCACCGUGCUGGGGCUCAGCCUGCGGCGCCUCACCACAGCUCCACCGCGCGAUCUGGAGGACUUUGCGUACAAGGUGCUGGCCGGUUUCUAUUCGGACGACUGA